UGAGUCAUCGCCCCUCAGACAGUCAGCGUGGUUGGAGACAUUUCUCAACGACUACUCAAUUGCUACCGGAUAUACAUUAGGAACCACGACUUUCUCUCUAAUUGUCUGACAGGAUUGAAAUGUUACAUUUUAGGUGUUCGACAGUGCUGAAGGAGUUAUUUGAAGUCACCCUCAAGCGUCCCCUGUCCGGCUCCAGACAGAAGAGCUGGUUACCGACCCGCUACUCCGGCACCGCCUCCGUUGAUGCUUCUCUUCGACUCCAUGCCGCUCCGCACCGCCCUGGGCUCCGCACCGCGCCCUGCGCCGCCCCGUUCCGCUCAUACUGCACGAAAACUGAAGGUGCCGUAGAGCCGGACGAACAGCUCAAGAAGGAUGGUGUCAGCAGAGAAGCAGCCAUUGACAAGAGAAGAAAUGCUGGCAUUCUCCCUAGUUUGGAGGACUUGCUCUUCUACACAGUCGCAGAAGGUCAAGAGACAAUUCCUGCUCAUAAAUUUCUCACAGCACUUAAAACGACUGGGCUCCGAUCUGGGGAUCCCAGACUGAAGGAAUGCAUGGACACUCUGAAAGAAACUCUGAGGAACUCAUCAGACGGCGUUACGCUCGACAGGCACCAGUUUAAGAAGUGUGUCCAGAGCAACAUUGUCCUGCUCACUCAGGCCUUCCGCAAGAAGUUCGUCAUUCCAGACUUCCAGUCCUUCACCUCCCAUAUUGAUGAGCUGUAUGAGAGUGCCAAACCUCUCAAUGAAGGACAGGUUGCAGACUACAUUCCUCAGCUCGCCAAAUUCAGCCCUGACCUGUGGGCCGUCUCCCUGUGCACAGUGGACGGACAGAGACACACAGUAGGAGACACUAAGGUCCCCUUCUGUCUGCAGUCCUGUGUCAAGCCCCUGAAGUACGCCAUCGCUGUCCACGACCACGGCACUGAGUACGUGCACAGUUUUAUUGGGAAGGAGCCCAGUGGCCUGCGCUUUAAUAAACUCUUCCUCGAUGAUGAUGAUAAGCCCCACAACCCCAUGGUGAACGCUGGUGCUAUUGUUUGUACUUCACUGAUAGAGCAAGGUGCAAGCAACGCAGAAAGAUUUGAUUAUGUCAUGAACUUUCUGAAACGUAUGGCGGGAAACGAGUAUGUGGGUUUCAGCAACGCCACAUUCCAGUCGGAGCGUGAGUCAGGGGACAGGAACUUUGCCAUCGGCUACUACCUGAAGGAGAAAAAGUGUUUCCCAGACGGGACAGACAUGACAUCUGUUCUGGACUUCUACUUUCAACUCUGCUCCAUUGAGGUGACCUGUGAGAGCGCCAGUGUCAUGGCGGCCACUCUGGCUAACGGCGGCAUCUGUCCCAUCACGGGGGAACGUGUGCUGAGCCCCGAGGCGGUGAGGAACACGUUGAGUCUGAUGCACUCCUGCGGCAUGUACGACUUCUCAGGACAGUUUGCUUUCCAUGUCGGUCUGCCAGCCAAGUCUGGAGUAGCGGGGGGGAUCCUGCUGGUUGUUCCCAAUGUGAUGGGCAUCAUGUGCUGGUCUCCUCCUCUGGACAAGAUGGGGAACUCAGUGAGAGGAAUCCAGUUCUGCACGGACCUGGUGGAGCUCUUUAACUUCCACAACUACGACAACCUGAAACACUUUGCCAAGAAGCACGACCCCCGCAGAGAAGGAGGGGACCAGCGGCAGUUCUUCUUCGGACCCAUGGAUUACGACAGCCUCCAGCAGGAGCUAGCUCUGAAAGCCCCCCUUUGGAAAAAGGUGGCCCCCACCGAGUCGCACCAGGACAGCUCCACCACUGUAGUCUAUAGGAUGGACAAAGUCGCCGAAUGAGAUAAAAACGUAAAAAGGAGGCGCGCCUGUCCCCCACAUAGACUGAUCUCUCUCCCCCCCCCUUCUCACCACAACACCACCACUGUUACCUUGCCCUCGAAUAUUUAUACAUAAAUAAUGUGAAGGAUUAUUUAUAACUACGAAUGGUUACUGUGUGGGAAGGUUCUUCUGUUUUUAUGUGUGAUGGGGGAAAUGGGACUCUGCUUUUUAAGUUAACUCUGAAUUGCAAAUGAACUCUAGUGGCCUUAGUGUUUAGGAUCGGCUGUACUGAACAGGUUAGACUCCAUCACCCCCUUUAAUAGAUUUGAUCAGAAAUCCAAGCUAAGGCUUAUCGGACUAGGGGUUCAUUUGAAAUUCACUUUUAUUUUAACCAAAAGGAAAAGAAAUGGUGUGUGUGGGGAGUUUCACUACAGCCGUCUUUUAAUAUUUACAUUCUGACUUAUUUUAUGGUGUUUGCUACUGUGACUGCUGAUAACAAUAAUACAGAUGCAGGAUGUGCCGUAGUACACUAUGAAAACAGCUACGUAACGGAAUGGGUUUCUGGAUUUUAUUUAUGGGAACGUUUGGGUCAAAGGAGAAUAUUGUUAACAUGAAGGUUAGCUGUGAAUACUUGGACUGGAGUGCAGCAGUGUUGUCUUUUUUUUUUUAUUCAGCUGUGAAGUCUGAAGGGAUUUUAGGUAUACAGCUUUUUUUAGCUUUUUCGAUGUCAACAUGCUGGACCCUGAAAAGACAAAUCACCCCAAAAACUGAAAGCUAACCUGAGUCGAUGUCAGAUUAGUGCAAAGUAUCUCAGCUUUCUGGUCAGUUUUAGCGAGCUGAUUGGUUAGCUUCUGAUGCCAGCUGGUAGCUUAAUGUUAGCAUGGACAUUUCUCUGCAUAAUAUGCAUGCACCUGCACCAUCUUUCUGUAGCUGGUUCAGCUCAGACAGACAUUAAAGUUGCCUACAGAUUUCUGGAGUAGAAUUUAUACAGACAUUUGUGAAAUGAGAUUAUCUGGUCACAAAAAUUACAUUAGAUUUUUUUUUUUUAUUACUUAAAAUAUAGCAUCAUGUGUGCCUCCCUUCAAACCCUUAAAAAAAGACACACAAUAAUUUGACAGCUGAGAAACGGUAGAGAUUGCAUAUUGAAAAGAUAAACCACAGGUAUAAAGGACUUGAUUUUAACCUGAUUUGUGACUGUAAACAGUUGGGUGAUGAUAUAAUAAUGUUGGUAUGGUAAAUCGUUUUCUCAGGAGAGGGCUGACGUGAGAGAUACAACGAGCUGUUGUUCUUGCAGACACUCACUUAUCUUGAUUGUCCUUGUCCCCUUUGAGUGCUGCGUCAUUCUGCUGCUGGUGUGUUUAGAAGGUGUGUGUGUGUGUGUGUGUGUGUGUAGCCGGUUAGUAAGGGAAGUUACUCAGUACCACGUUGGCAGAGGGGGAGUUUGUUCGUCGCUGCGACCUCCAGUUAAAGCCCCUUGUCGCCUGAACGAUUAGCCUUUCACCUGAGCUGCAUUCCAAACCGUAACUCUGUGUUUGCACUGUGUUCACUAAAAUAGGUUGAAACAAGUUUCCUUAGUAAAUAAUGCUACUUUCCACAGAAACAUAAUGAAACAGAAAUUGAGGAUUCAUUUGAUGAAUGGUUUUAAUCUGUAAAGGUCCCCUAUUAAACUCUUUUUCAACAAUAUAUUAUCGGUCUCAGAUAUAUAUAUAUAUAU